CUAAAUAACAGAGAUUCGUUUGUUUGGACUUUGGUGUGUUUUAGCGUGUAGAUGCGGUUUGGACCAAAGGGCUAUCUGGUCGACUGUCUGACGGUGGUAGUCACGACGCGAUAAGUAUAUAUUCGGUUGCAGGAAAAUGUGCAAUCUUUGUAGGUGACAACAUGUUUUUGCUAGAUCAUAGUGUGUUUUCUUCAUGAAGAAUAAGUCUAUGGUAAACGUACGAGCAACAUGGGGUCGUCUUGUUCUUCAUUGUCGUCAGCAACGGUUGUCACAACAGCGAAAAAUGUAAACGGGGUACCCACAAGGAAACAACCACCUGUCACAAAAGAAACCGAUCGGCGGAUGCAAAAUGGUAGACAACAGCGAACGACAACAGCAAAGACAAAGGACACAGGCAAGGAUUUUGUUUCCAAUACAAAUAUUCCCACCUCACAAGGGUCUAACCUGUUGUGUAAACAUUCAGAGCUGAUACAAGAUGCCAAUGCUGACGUCUCGGUGCAAUAUGACAAGAAGUCGCUAGACGGGGUACCAUUGACAAAUGAAGGGUCGACUCGCAUUUCGAAUGCAAGUUGUAAUAGCCAAGACGCAAUAGAAAGUCUAUGCAAACCGGAAGGUUCUGAGAGACCUUCAACACCAGGGAAAACUGCGACACGUGCGACUGAGACACAAGCACAAAGCAAGAAACAAAAGCCGUCAGAACAAAGUGAAGUUAUACAGAACGACGAACAAAAAAAUAGCAAGAAUGAAGCAAAAAAAGAGAGCACCACAAAGCUGUCAGACGCUGCAACCAGAGAAUUGUUUCACAAAAGUGACGACAAUUCUAAAGGUGGUAAUGUUGUGGACACUGAUGAGACAAUACGGCAAAUCGCUACACACGAACCAGUUUCAUGUGAAAAAGCAGACAACGACAAAACGAAUUCAAAAGAUGAGAAUGGCUCGACAACAAAUGACGGUAAAGGGACUGGAGGUCAAGAUGAUACAGAAAGGAUUCCCGUCCCUUCUCCAAUAAUGCCAGAAAUCAAAAGACGUCUGAAGAAAGUGGAGCUCAUCCCAGACGUGUCUGUUUUCAAGGAGCUAGACGACUAUGCCAAACAGACCCCGGAAAACGCGGAAACCUCAAUGCGUUCGCUGGUGAACUAUUUGACUCUUCCGACCAAAACGUCACUGGAGAGAAUACGUGUCCUCUUCAUGUGGGUGGCUACACACGUUAGGUAUGACGUCAGUGCCUACGUCAAGGGUGCGCCAUACGGAGAUACGUCACCAGAAGCCGUGUUCAGGACCAGGUUGGCUAUUUGUCAAGGCUAUGCUGACCUUUUUGCAGAAUUGUGCAGCUUGGUGAACAUCCCAUGCAAGACCAUCUCCGGCAAAGCCAAAGGAAUCGACUACGUGGUCGGCACCAAAUUCAAGGAGCCCAGUAACCAUGCAUGGAACGCCGUACAAAUAGACGGUUUCUGGUACCUCAUAGACUGUACAUGGGCCGCCGGUCACUCAGACAUAAGUUCAAGAACCUUUGUCUUUAGCUAUACGGAACACUACUUCUUAACAGAGCCAGAGUUUCUCGUGUCAGACCACCUCCCCAUAGAUGACAGUUGGCAGCUGUUAGACGAUCCUGUCUCGGUGCAAACGUUUGAAUCAUGGGUACUCUUGAAAGCUCGUUUCUUUGACCUUGGUCAGCGCAUGUCUGACCUUAACCACACUAAAUCUCGCGUGCCAACCAAAUCCGGUUCCACAACUAUCAAGAUAAGUCUCCGCGAACCCAUGUCGUUUGUUGUGCAUCUGAAAUCGUCCGAUGGUAAAAAGAAGUUGAGCGAAACAAAAGACUGUGUGCUGCAUGAAAUCGUCAACAUGGAGGCACGUUUUUACGUUGUUCCUCCUACAGAGGGCAACUUCCUGUUAACCAUCUUUGCCAAGAAAGGAACGUCAUCGGGAAGCCAUGAUUUGUUACUAGAGUAUGUUAUACAGUGCAAAAUCCCCAAAGCAGCAAGUGUUCCCUUCCCAUCAGCCAACGGGGGGACCUUACGGGGGCCAGGCCACUUCCUUCUUGAUGGCGUCAUUUCCGGUACCAGCCACCUGGAAGCUAUAAUUGACGUUCCUGAUGGUGACGUCAAAAUUCAGUUCGAGUUUGAGAGAAAGUUGCGUUUUAUGUGUCAUUUUGGGGAAGACUCUCGGUGGAAUGAGUACGUACUCACGGAAGCCGAAGACAACUGCGCGACUUUUUACGUCAGGUGCCCUGAAGCGGGCUUCCAUCGUUUGACAAUAUGGACCAAAGAAGAUACCGGGUCCGGAGAUGGGUCUUACCAUAGGCAUUGCACUUACAUCAUUAGCUGCAAAAAGAAGAAGCCAAAAUGCGCGCCUUUUCCAAAGACUUUCAGAACCUGGACGUCUGGCUGUAAGGUGUUCCGGCCGAAAAACGGACAUCUGGCUUCAAAUCGGGCCGUCCAGUUUCGCGUCAGGUGGCCAGAGGUUGUUGACGUGGCCGCGGUGGCUGAUGGUAAAUGGUACCACUUCGUACAUGGUAGUGAUGACUGCUGGGAAGGUAAUGCAACCACUGGUUCUCAAGGUACAUCGCUUCAAGUGGCCGGCAAAAGAGAUCCAAAUGUAAACUCCUAUGAGUGGUUACUUCAGUAUUCGGUUGUUUAGCUUCAGUUGAUUAUGUAAGUUAUGUACUCCUUAUGAUCUAUAUUCUGUAUAUCACUUUCUCAUCUGCAUAGUGACGGCGAUGACAAGAUCAUGUCAUCUCAUUUUCCAACGAUUUAAGAUAAAAUUGUACUUCAAGAUUA